AUGGUUGGUGACUUCGGGGUUCCCACAAUGUCUAGCGUAACCAUAUCAACCGGAAAUUCUGACUCAGCAACUGCUGAAUAUAGUUAUUCUACGGCCAAUUUGAAAAGCAGCUGUCAGCCUGUUUUUCAUAUGGCUAACAUCAGCUCAGCCCUUGGGUCGUUGGCUCGCUUACCCAAACCACUGCCGCCUCCAAUUAUCGGAAAAAGAUCUUUAUUGGAGCAACAACCACAGCAGCACCAUCAUCAGCCACCAGGCGGAUUCGGUCAUUUGCCGCCAUCUGGACAACGGUGUCCUUUGUAUUGUCAAACUAAGUCAGCUACCCAAGUGGUCCGGCCACCAGACUCGGAGCUCGAUGUGGUGAGUCACGUCAUCGACGAUCCAGAUGGGCAGAUAUGUGUUGAGCUUGGCAAGCCAAGCAUAGUCAAUACUAUCCGUAUGCAGCUGUGGGAUAGAGAGCUCCGGUAG